AGCGCGUUCACGGAGUGGGAAUGUGCGCGUGGGCCUGCAGAGGGAGCUGCGCGCGCUCCACUGAAGCGGCGUUGUGUGCACAGGACAGUCCGGGGUCUCGCGCUCUCAUACAAGGCCUACUUCCGUCAGCGCGCUGUUCUCGGGAAAUUGUAUUUUACAUACAAUAUCGAUCUUGUUUCCAGUCGAGCGAGCCGAGAAGUAGCGUUUCUACAUUUUCUAACACGGCUUCAGUCAGUUCAAGGUGGAUUGACCUGUCAUGAAUGAGCCGAUCGAAGGCGGUGCGAUCUCGUUCGACGAGUAUGUGCGGCAGAAGGCUCGCACCAUACCCCAGCACCGCAUGAAGGAGUUCCUGGAGUCGUUGGCCACCAAAGGCCCUGAGAUCCUACAGGAGUUCAGCCAGCAGACCAGUGGCACCACUACUACCAUGGUGUACCAACAGGGGGCCAACUGCAUCUACACCGACAGCACGGAGGUGGCAGGGUCACUGCUCGAGCUAGCAUGCCCAGUACAGGUGACAUCUACGCAGAUCUCUCCACAGCUGGCUGCAGCUGUGCAGCAGGCGUCUGAGCAGCAGAUUCAAGUCCAGGUGCAGAUCCAAGGUGAGCAGGGUCAGACAGUUGGUCAGGUGUUGCAGGUGGCUUCUCCUACCCAACAGCAUCUAUCAGGGGUCACUACAACACAGCUGGUGCAGCAGGGCGAGCUAACUGAGGAACAACACCAACAAAUCCAGGCGCAACUGGUGGCAGCCGUGGCCGGAGGUCAGCAAAUCCAGAUCCAGACAGUGGAGGCUCUGUCUCCACCUCAGACCCAGCAGCAGGGUUCGGAACGUGAGGCAGAGCGUCGCGCCGGAGCAUCACCGGGUGUCCUGCAGCCAGCUAAGAAGCGCAAGGUAGAUGUGCCUGCCGUAGUGUCUUACCAGCUAGCACAGGGCCAGCAGCUAGCCACCGUACUGGCCAUACCCCAAGGCCAGCAGCAGAGCUACGUGUCGCUGAGGCCUGAGCUCCUGACUGUAGACAGUGCACACCUGUACGGCACCGCGACAGCCGGCACCAUCACAGGUGCGUCAGGAGAGACCUGGACUAUCCCGGUGUACCAGCAGCAGCAGGGUGUAGCACACAUCGCCAUCCCACAGGAGGCCUACAGCACGGUGCAGGUGCAGGACAAAGAUAAAGACAAGAUGACGACGGCCCAGCUCGCAGGUGCAGUGGCGGUGCCUGUGUCAGGCUCGCAGGAGGAGGUAGUGCACUCUCUCUUCCCAGCUCAGUUCAUGAAUGGAAACAUCCACAUUCCAGUGGCGGUCCAGGCUGUCGGGGGAGGCUACGCAGGCACCACCCAGGCGCUGCACAUCUGGGACCCACAGCAGCAACAGCAGCAGCAUGGCCAAGAGGUUGAAACUCAGGAGCAACAGCUCCAUCUGCAGGCCGAGGCAGAGCCGCAAGCUGAAGCUCCUCCUGAGCUGCUUCUUCCUACAGUGCUAAAGCCAGAGGAAGGCCUGGAGACCUGGAGGCUUUGGGUGCAGCGCAAAAACGCAGAGCUCGAUAAGAACGAACAGAACAAGUUGGCGCCGAUUGGCCGCCGCCAGCCUCUGCGUUUCCGAGAAGACCUGGUCUCUAGUUCAGUGGGAGAACUUAACGUGGCUCUGUCUCUCAUGACCCAAGAGGCUCGUGGUUUAGAAGGGGAGCCAUUUGAACCCGACGCACUAUAUUAUGUCUUCUUGUGCAUACAGAAAUACCUGUUCGAGAAUGGCAGAGUGGACGACAUCUUUUCAGACCAGUACUACUUCCGCUUCUCCCAGUGCCUACACAAAAUCCUGGAGGAAUGGAGGCCCAGUGUCCAUCCGCUAGGUUAUAUUAUCCCCAGUCAUGUGACCGAGGAGAUGUUGUGGGAGUGCAAACAGCUGGGAGCUCAUUCUCCAUCUACUUUACUCACUACACUAAUGUACUUCAACACCAAGUAUUUCCACCUGACCACAGUGGAGCAGCAUAUGAAAGUGGCCUUCUCUAAAGUGCUCCGGCACACCAAGAAGAACCCGACCAACCCAAAAGACAAGAGCACCAGCAUUCGCUACCUGAAAGGAGUCGGCUCUCACCAUGUCGGUCAGAAAGUGACGGAUGAUAUGUACGCUGAGCAAGCUGAGGAUCCAGAGAAUCCACUUCGCUGCCCCAUCAAGCUCUAUGACUUUUACCUCUUCAAAUGCCCUCAGACUGCCAAAGGCCGGAAUGACACAUAUUACCUGACGCCAGAGCCUGUUGUAGCCCCGAACAGCCCUAUAUGGUACUCGACCCAGCCAAUCACGAGCGAGCAGCUGGAGCAGAUGCUCACACGCAUCAUGGUGGUGCGGGAAAUCCAAGAAAUAAUCUCCAUCACGCAGGCCAACAUUCAGUGAGGAAAUUUGAGGGAGAAGGAGAGAGAGAGAUGGUGCAAGAAAGGUUUCCACCUCCGAGCUCCUCCGUCCUCACAGCCUCACCGCGACUCAGUCGCUCACAAACUCAAAAGGAGGGAAAUGUAGCCAUCGCUGUGUCUCCUCGUGCUCCAUAUUUACACACCCUGAAGCACGCACCAGUGGUGGCCCAUGGGCAGAGGAGGCAACAAUAUCUACAAUCUACACUCUAUAAUUAUACGCUCAUUUCGAGUAGGAUUUAAAACUCUUAACAACCAGGCUGAGGAAAUUUGACAUUGUUAUCGACUGAUUGCUAACCUUAAAAGAAAAGCAGUGUCGGUUUACUAAUUAACAAAAGUGCAGCACAUGUCCGGUAGCCAUCGUUUGCUUUGAGCUUGCUGUUUGAUUUCAAUGUAUAUUUCUGAAAUGGUUCAGAGAACAUUAGUAUGAUCAUUGUAUUGUCACUUACUUGGAUUACUUUGGAGGUUCGCUCAUAAAACUGCACUACAUUGCAUCGUGGCCUUGAUGCUUUCUGAAAUUGCAGUGAAAUUACACACACACAAAAUAUAUAUAUUUAUAUAUUUAUUUAUAUAUAUAAAUAUAUUUAUAUAAAUAUAUUUAUAUAUAUAUAUAUUUAUAUAUAUGACUACCGCCUCAUUUUUAUCCAUGAACUGCCUCCAUAAACCUCUAGGAGGUGCCUCCUCUGACCAGCCGCCACUGGAGGACUGAAAUGAACUGAACUUGCAAGCCUUUUUUCUUUCUUUUUUAAAAAAAAUAAAGAUAUUACUUAAUCUGUUCAUGUGAUGCCUGUUGGCACUACACACCUUUAACGUGCAGUUUCUCUUUGCUAGCUGUCACUCUGUCGAAUAUGUACUCAUCUAAUGUCAUUUAUUUCCCCCCACUCUCCCCCGAUUUGUUCAUUUUUUUUGCCAUUGUAACUGAGAGAGGUGAGGAGUGUGUGAUUAGACUGGAGUCAUCUCUGCAAGCGGAUAAAACACAGGUUCUUUUGGGGGAACCUCUUCCACACCCUUGACUUGGCAAGAAUGCAGUCAAGACACUUUGAGAAGUGUACUCUACACAGAAAGACUUUUUGGUCUUCAUUUUUUGUUUCAUGUUUUUUUUUUUUAUAUAUAUAUAUGUAUAUGCAUCUAUGGUAAUCUGAUAUGUAUUGAUAUUAUAGUGGUG